UAUCGUUAAUUUAUUAUUUUACUGGUAACAUAACUCCAACUGUCAAACAAGUCAAUUUUUGACGAGUUCUCAGAAAUUUAUUUGAGUGGAUUGUUACAAUAGGAUUCCCGAGCUUUGGUGCUUAUAUUAUGCUACUUAAACAGUAAAAUAUGCCUAAAAAAGCCCACAACAAGGCCGCUAAAGCCGGCUCCAUUUACAGAAUAGCCCUACAAAACUUCGUGACGUAUAAGGAAGUCGAGUUGUUCCCGGGCCCGUCUCUGAAUUUGAUCAUUGGUCCAAAUGGAACUGGAAAAUCGACGUUUGUUUGCGCCAUUAUUCUGGGACUUUGCGGGAAAACCAGCGUCAUUGGAAGGGCAAAGAAGAUCUCGGAAUAUGUCCGCAGUGGAUGCCAGGAGGCCACAAUUGAGAUAGAGUUGCACCGUGAGCCCAAUGAACCAAAUGUCAUAAUAACUCGCACCUUCAACCUCCAAGAUGCCAGCACGUGGAAGAUCAACAAUAAGACUGUUAGGGAGAAGCAGGUUCAGGAGCUUAUUUCUACUAUGAAUAUUCAGGUGGACAAUCUCUGUCAACUGCUCCCACAAGACCGGGUGCAGGACUUCUCUAAGAUGAACGCCCAAGAGCUCCUCCGGAGUACUCUAGCGGCGGUGGGCGGGCACAUCAGCGUUGAACAACUGGAUGAGCUAAUAAGGACCAGAUCUGAGCAGCGGGGGUUGUCAACCAGACUGCAGAACAACGCGCAGCUGCUGGAGGAAAAAAUACGACAGAAUGAGAGAUUAAAAAUAAUUAUCGAGGCCAUGCAACAACGUAAAGAAAUAGAGCAGGAAAUAUUGAUGUGCGAGCGGAAGAAGUACUGGAUAGAGUACCAAGAAUUGCGUGAGAAGGUGAAUGAGUAUAAAGGCGACAAAGAAAAAGCUCUCAAGCUGGUGGAAAUCCAUUCAAAGAAGUUGGAACCUUUGGAAAAGGCUUUCAAUAAAGUUAAAAGUGGAAUUGGCAAACUGGAACAACAGAAGUUGAAUGCAGCUCGAGAAGUCCGUGUUCUAAAAGACAAAUUGAAGGAAACAAUAGAGUCAGUGAAAGCACAAGAGUUCACUUUGCGAGAUAAAUACUCUAGUCUGAUGGAGAAAGUUGAGCGUCAUAAAAAUAGAGAGAGAGAGCUAGGCGAAGCUAGAGCUAAAUUGGAUAAGUUGAUUACGGAUAAGAGGAAGUUUGACGAGGAAAUUAAUGAGGAUGGCGUCAAAAUGGAGUUAGCACAACUACACAAGAAGAUUGCGAAGGAGAACGCGAGCAUAGAUGCUAUCAAGAAACAACAUAUGGAGAUGCAGUUUCAGCUUGAAAGUAACGUCACACCCGUGAUACGACACCAUCAGAACAAAAUACGCAGCCUAGAGAAUGUGGACGAGAAACGCCUCGAAGUGCUGAAACACGCCAGCGAGCACACAUACAAAGCGGUGAUGUGGCUGCGUGAAAACCGGGCCAUGUUCAAGAAAAAAGUUUAUGAACCUAUGAUACUUGAGAUAAACUUCACGGAUUCGAAAUUCGCUCGGUACCUCGAGGCCAAGGUGGCUUCCCGCGACCUCUUUGCGUUCACGUUCGAAUGUAGCCAGGACAUGAACCGGUUCACGAACAUCGUGAGGAUGGAACACGGUCUGCGGACGGUGAACGCCGUCAGCAGCGAGGGGUACCCUGCGCUCUCACACUACCGGGCGCAGCAGAAGGACAUAGGACAGCUGAGCUAUCUCGGUUUCUACACGUACCUUCUGGACACGAUAACGGCGCCCGAUCCGAUCUUGCGGUACCUUUGUGGCAAUUACAAUAUACAAAGCAUACCCAUAGGAAACGACCACACCUUUAAUAAUUGCUCCAAAGUGCCUUCCAACAUUAAAUCUUUCUUUACCGAAAAUCAUCGCAUCAACAUCAGCGUGUCUCGCUACAGCGGGGUGAAGUCGAGUUCGACGGUGGAGAUAGGGCCCGCGAGACUCCUAGCUAACACUGUCGACAAGGACGAGCUCGACAACCACAAAACUCAGCUUUCAGAACUUGAGAAUAGGGCGAAAAACAUGAAAGCGAAAAUGCAAGAUCUUCAAAACAAAGUAACAAAUCUAGAAGGCAAACUCAACGACCUCAAUAUGCAAAGGAAGAAGAUCACUGAAAACACUGACAAGCUUAAAGCGCUCAGUACACAGAUACGUCUUCAAGAGAAAAAGGUCCAAGAUAUUGAAAAUGAACCAACUUUCAAUCUGCAGGAAGAAAAGGAGAAAUGUAGACGGGAACAGAGGAACGUUGUGAAGAAGCAGUGCAAGAUGCACCAGGAACUAGUAGCCAUUAUGAAGAAACUGCAGGAUAAAUUGCUCAAUGGAGAAAUGUGGAAGCUUAAAUUAGACAUCAGUAGAAAGGCGACAGAAAGUCAGGAAUCACAAUUAAGGGAACUUGAAAUAGCAUUACGAGAGGCAAAGCAUACAUUAGAAGAUAUGGAAGCACGCUACAAGCAGACGAAUAUGAAAGCUCACGCUAAACUGAAAGAGGCAAAGAAAGCGUGCAGCAGCGAGUUCUUGCCACAGCAUCCAAGCUUCCCCUUCAAAGAACAGUUCAGUGAGUUGCCGGCCGAGCUGGAUAGACUACAAGAGCACUGUUACGAGCUACAAACUAGGAUGGAUUGUAUGGACAAGGGAGAUGAACAGGUAAUCAAAGAAUAUGAGGAAAGGGAAAAAGAAAUAGCGAAAUUAAAGACUGACGUCAGCAGCAACAGUGACGUUCACAAAGAGCUUGAAAGCAAAAUGAAUUCUAUCAGAGAGAAGUGGCUGCCUCCUUUGGAAAACUUACUGCGGGAUAUAGACAAAAGCUUCGGAGAAAUGUUCGCCAAGCUGGGUUGCGCCGGGGAAAUCAAACUGGACAAAGCUGGAAGUGAUGAGGACUACGACAAGUACGGCAUUUCUAUCCUGGUCCGUUUCCGGACGUCGGAACAACUGCAGCAACUGACGCGACACGCGCAGUCGGGCGGCGAGCGCGCGCUGUCCACCGCCAUGUACCUCAUGUCGCUGCAGCGGCUCACCACCGUGCCGUUCCGAUGCGUGGAUGAAAUAAACCAGGGAAUGGACCCGAUAAACGAGCGCAAGAUGUUCCACCUGCUCGUCAAAGUCACAACCGAGUGCGACAACGCCCAGUAUUUCCUGUUGACGCCUAAACUUCUAACAAAUCUGGAAUAUAAUCCAAAGAUAAUGGUCCACACCAUAAUGAAUGGCAAGCAAAUUAUGAACUACAAGCAGUGGAAUUACCAGGACUUUUUAAAGAACGCCAGAUCCUACAGAUCGACUAAAAGCUAGUUGAUAGGCACCUAAAUGUGUGAAGUGUAGUUUUAAACCGAGAUAAGAAAAGCCUUGUGUACCGAAUUCAAUUUGAGUACAACCAGUCGUACCUCAUUUGAUAUAUGUAGUCAUUUAAUGACAUCGUAUAAUCAACAUUGAACAUAACAGAGCAAUAUGUUUUCUUUUAACUUUGUAAAAGCUAAGUCUAUUUUUUGACUCUUGUUCGCAAAAUUCGGUCGUAAAUUCUGAAUUUCUUGGAUGAGCUACUUGUAUUGUCUUUGUCUGUCUGUUGUGUUGUUGUUUUGUCUGUAUGUAGAUACGUUAAAUAGUGAUGAUAUUGGUGUUUAACGCGCACAAUUUAAAUAUUGUGCUUAAAUUAUAAUUAAUUCAAAGGCAGUGUUUGGUACAGGCACAGUCUCAUUGAAGGUUUAAGAUGUGCAAAGCUUUAAAAAAAAUCGUGCACCACAUAUGACCGCUGAAAAAGAUGACGCUGUAUUGCGUCAUAUGUUUAAUAGUCACUGGAGUGUCAAUCAUCAAAUUUUGACAGCCAGAGUUGCUGCAUAACGUUCGGGAGCCGUACGUAUUCGAAGCAUGAAUUUGUUUUAAACUUGACACAUCUUGCACAGUCAAUUCAUCUUUGCUACAGGUCACAGGGUAGCUUAGUGUUUAAAACUAAAACAAUUCGACAGUGUAAACAGUCCAAGUUUCAAUAAGUUAAAAAUAAUGGUGAGGCCCUGUUAAAACAUAGUCUUUAAAAUUUUAAUCUUAAUUUUAUUUAUAUUUACUAAAUCUUAGUUUUUAAUUGCGUGGAAUUCUGACGAUCAUAUAUCGUAAACCUUUGGACUAAAAUUAUAUUAUAUACUUUGUACUAUCUCGACUCGUUUUAAAGAAAAAAAUAAUGUUCAAGUGAAUUUGUUUAUACCGUGGCAGAUCCAGCUAUCCUUCAUACGUACCUUAUUUUUAGCAUAUCUGGCCACUGCGAUAACUCAUGUGCUUAAAAUUAUUGUAUUUUUUUUGUAUUUUUCUAAAAGCAAACAAUAUAAUUGAGUUUUAUCAAGCCUUUCAACAUAACCCGUCGUUCGUGCGAUGGAGGCAACGACGAGCGGCGGCCAUAGGUGGGCACGAAAGGACGGAUCGCUAUGUUCCACUCCAACCUAUGGCCGCCGCUCGCCGUUGCUGCCGCCGCACGAUAUCGUGGCCGUGCCGUGAAAGUGUUCUCCCUACAUCUAUCUACCGUUCAUUUCAAACAAAUUACAAAAUUGUUUACGUCAUUACUCAUGUCAUUCGGCUUUCAACAGUUUGAACAUGCGAAUGUGUUUGAAAUUUCGUUCACGGGAACUGCCCACUUUGAGAUUUUUCAGUAAAAGAGAGAGCAAGAAAUAUUAUUUUCAUAUAAAAAUAAUUGACAAUAAUAUGUCAGUAAACAAUGUUUACUAUCUCUGAUACGUCUUAUUUCGAUAGCUGUCAGAAUUCCACGCAAUUAAAAAAUAAGGUUUACGGGUACAAUUUUGUAAGCUCUAAAUGUAAUUUUAUUUUGCUUUGAACUGUGCAGGUAAUUUUAUAGUGCUUUUUUUAGCAUUGGAAAUAAGGUUAGGGUGUAGUAGGGUGGGUACGUGUCUUUUAUUGAAAAACACUUUUGAAAAAUAAGUCACGGCAAAUAUGUAACAAUUAUAAAUCACAUACGAUCAUUUACAUUAUUUUUCUUUCAUAAGUAAUGGUUACUGAUUUUUAUAAAGCGUUUUUCAAUAAAAAUACAUAUCAUGAUUGUUGACCUUUUAAACAGAUUUCCUAUUUUAUUUUCGAACCAUUGCUACACAGUAGCUGGGAAUUCUGUCGCAUGUACAUACGAGGAAGGUCUGUAUGCUCACCCAUUUCACUAUUUGUGUCUUUCUUAACUAAAUAGAUGUUAUAUUAUAUUACGUGUGUAGAUCGUAUGUAGCUGAGAGGAUUACCUACCCUCUCCUUCUUACGAUGGCAGUAUCAUUUUCAACAGGGAUGAGUACCUUUUUAGCUACUGGCACGAAGGGAUUACUCACGUAAUUUUAGUUGGAAUAUCGCUCGACAUGUUUCAAGCCGGGUAGAUGAUUUUCAACAGGAGCACCGGCCAUGGCGGCCAUAUUGCGCGCGCGUCUAGUGAUUUUUAUGUGUGUGAUUUUUCGACUAUAAUUACGAAACCCGUUUGGCGCCAUUCAUAUUUUUACGACGAUUUGUGCCAGAUUUUGGCGUUCUCCCUUCCCUAAGUAAGAAAAAAUUAAAACAAGGCCGACCCCUUCCCUCCUAUUUAAUAUUUAUAGGUAACAAAGGGCUUGUGCACAAAUCACUCGAGGUUUUUUCGGCUACUUUUUUGGACCCCCCCCCCCACUCCGCCACAUAACCUCACGUGUAUUUUUAUUUUAUUUUUUCAUUCGACCUAAUUUUAAGAUAAAUAGUAUUGUACAGAGUAUAUCUUGUUUAUACUCGCUAUUUCGAAUUGCCACGUGAAGAUUUAUGUUUAACGAAACCGAGAAAAAGUAUGUGGUUGAUAUUUUUUCUUACUUUCGUUCACUAUAGAAAAAUAUACGUGAGGUCUCCAUAUACCCCCCCGCCCCCAACGUGAUCUAUCGUGAUUUUUUGGUCCCCCCCCCCCCCUCUUCCAACCUCGCGUGAUUUGUGCACAAGCCCAAAGGAAAAAGAAUAUUUGCAGAGGUACUUACUAAUUUAAUUUUUUGGUAAUAAUCAACUUUGGUUUUAUCUUAAACUUUUUAUUUAUCGGCACUCGCGCUGAUGAAGACACUUUUUGGAAGUAUAAUCUUAACUUGCGCAUUUUUGUGAUCUUACGUAAGAACUAUCAGGACAGGGAGUCUUGUAGCCACCAUGUAGGAAAAAGUAAGACACGUUCGACCCUUCCCCCCAAAUCGCCUUAAGUAAUAAAUGAAUGGCACCUUUAAUAUAUCUAAUAUGUUAGAGUCUCACGGAAUUUUUAUAGUUAUCUUGUACAUAUUUUGUAUCGUUGUUAAAUGUUAAAGAGACAUUUGGAAGCGUAAUGUAAGUUUUGGAAAUUUACAACUUUAUUGUUUUUACGUUGUUGAUAGCACUGAACAGCUAAGUUCUUAUUUCGGUUUUUAGUAGUUAUGUUUGGUUCUCAUAUCAUAUCAAACGUAGCGACCAAUUAUUUGACUACCUUGUACCUGUUUUUAGCAGGCGAAGAUACACUAAGUUUAACUAUAACUUAAGGACGUAUGGAAAAACCUUACAUGUUUUAAUUUUCGUGAGAUGUCUCGUAAAAAUUAAAUCUUUAUCUAAUUGGUAGCGGUAGAGAGCUCACUAUGAUAUUUUAUAAUUUUCACAAUUUUUUUACUGCAUAUCAAAUUGAUAUUAUUGGUAUUUGAUACUAAUUUGUUUUAGUUAUAAAGCGUUUUUGUUAUUUUAUAUAUUCAGUAAGUAAUAAGAUUAUUUAUAAUCGAGUAUUCAUUGCAUGAGGGUAUAAGAUGUAUAAAGUCUAAGACAAAUCUAGGAAUAAAGACCCGAGAUUGACAUUACACCUUGCACAUUUAACAAUGCCAUUAAACGCAAGUAGGCGGGUCCACACAGACCGAGCGAGCUCGCACGUUAGUUAGUGCUUCUGGGCAUUUUCCGCAAAUCGACAACCAUUGUGCCUAUUGUGCGUGAAACGAGGUAGCGCUACUCUAACCACCCCAGCUCCUCCACGAAGCCUAGCAAAGUUUUCAGGUUGCUAAUUGCCUCUCCUAGUGUGCACGGAUUCCCUAGGUAUUUGUUCCUGUAUACUUCUACCUGUUUGCAGUCUAGGAGAAUAUGUUUUGUUGUUUCUUCUCUUCCAUGCACGCUCUGCACAUGGGGCUGUCUGUUUUACCCAUAUUGUGUAGGUGUUUGUGCGUGCGUGCGAGGCAAUUUCCUCACGCACAAAUCGGCCAGUGUAGACGUGCAUUGGGCGAGGCGGCGCGUGCGUUUUCCUACGCGCGUGCGUCUAUAUUGGCCGGUUUGUGCGUGAGGAAAUUGCCUCGCGUGUAUGCUGGCUCUGUGUGGACCCGGCUAUUAACACUAAUCAAUGUGUAAACAGGCCCCAAUGUCAAGGCCUACCGAUAUGCCACACUUAUCCGUAUUGUCCAUACAAUAAUCAUUUAUUCAUAUCCAUUUGAAUAUCUUUAGCUCGAGAUAUUGCUCGCUACCGCUGCCUCGAUUGCACGCAGGUUUUCAGCAAAAAAUUGUGGUUGCGAGAUUAGACUUGUUUGACAGUGGUCAGAUUAUCACACUUACUAUGUCUAGGAAACACUCAUGGCCAUUUUUCUUUGCAAUUUAUUAAACUAGGUUUCCGUAAUUUAAUUAUAAAAUGGCUGUGUUAUACGGAAAUCUAGUUACACUUCGCUGCAUUUGAUAUUUUAGUUAUUUUGUAUCGUUUAUGUUAAAAUUUGUUUUUAUGCUAUUUUAAAUAGAUUGGGAUUUCUAGGUCCCUUGCACGUAUAGUUUCUAUUUUUCUCCGUGAGCUUCUACGGAUUAUCGUCUUAUCUAUUGUUUAAAAACCGCAAAGGCGCGUGCCACUAUGAAAAAAUGGUCAAGCCGCAUAGGUAGCGUUUAUUGAAUUACUACUCUAUUGAGCACGGAAUAAGAUUCAUUAUGAACUAAUACAGAAUUCUAACAGAAUAGCUGUCUGAUCUCUAUUGGUGCGUCUAAGGUAGGCGACUAAACGCUCUCAAACCAGCUUAACUUGUGACACUGCGAUCCGAAACAAAGAUACGUAUUCGAAGACCUCGCUUGCACUGGUAAUGCGAGCGCACGGCUAGCUAGCGCCAAGGAAGCAAUGUUAUGCUUCUCGAGGAGCAGGUAAAAAACAGGGCCGGAUUUUCACACAAAUAUAUUUGGGUGGUUUUACGUUCUUUCAUUUAAAGAGAUAAAACAUAACACUAUUUAAAUAGUAGGUACACAUCUAACAGAAUGGGUUUGUGUAAUUACAAAAAUAACGAGAUAUACUCAUUUUUAUAAUCAACUGUUUAAACAGUUGUUUGCUAAUUUUAAACUUUAAACAGGCUAAUUUUAAAUAAACAAUAAAACAAUGGUAAAAUAGUAAUAAAUAUGUAUAUCAAUUUAACAAUCCCGUACUACUAAUGUUAAAAUAGACCUAUAUGUUAUAAUUAUGUACACUAAAAUAAAGAUAUUAUUUACAAUAGAGUACACAUUUAGUAAAACAUUUAUACAAAUUUAUAUUAUGAGUCAACAAAAAAAUAAGUAACAUAUACAUAAUAGUGUAUGCAUAAAAUAAAUAAAUAUAAAACAAAAUAUGCAUAUCGUUUAGAGUCAAAUCACGCUAACUCUUUCAAGCAAACCAUACAAACAGUGUCAGUUUGUUAGAAGUCUGAAGAGUUAGCGUUAUUUCGUAAAACCACCCAAAUAUAUUUGUGUGAAAAUCCGGCCCUGUUUUUUACCUGCUCCUCGAGAAACAUAACAUUGCUUCCUUGGCGCUAGCUAGCCGUGCGCUCGCAUUACCAGUGCAAGCGAGGUCUUCGAAUACGUAUCUUGGUUUCGGAUCGCAGUGUCACAAGUUAAGCUGGUUUGAAACGUUUAGUCGCCUACCUUAGACGCACCAAUAGAGAUCAGACAGCUAUUCUGUUAGAAUUCUGUAUUAGUUCAUAAUGAAUCUUAUUCCGUGCUCAAUAGAGUAGUAAUUCAAUAAACGCUACCUAUGCGGCUUGACCAUUUUUUCAUAGUGGCACGCGCCUUUGCGGUUUUUAAACAAUAGAUAAGACGAUAAUCCGUAGAAGCUCACGGAAAAAAAUAGAAACUAUACCCAUGGUGGCCAUUUUAUGAUCUUUAAGCGACAAAAUGGACCCUGGACUUAUGGAACUACGUUAAUUUGACAAGUGAAUAAUAGUAACGAUUUUGAAUACAUCCGUUUGACAUAGUUCCAUUACGACCAGCGACCUAGCGGUCCAUUUUGUUGACCUUAUUUUGAGUGUCGUCAAAAUGGAAUUAUUCCCAUGGGUAUUUAGUUCUUAAAUUUCAAUAAAGCCUACAUACGUCACAAGUAUGUUUUGUUAAUGUUAAGUUGAAUUAUACCAAUGAUUGCCAGUUCUAAACUAUUUGAUUUGAAUCAAUAAAUAUUUUAUGAAAA